AUGGCUCCAUCUCUUCACCCACUCAUCGACAAUGGCAUCACCAAGGGCGACCCCAACUUCUCUGGCGGAACCCUUCAUUGCCACUGUCCCAGCGACAAAGUAGAGGUCGCCAUCGCCAGCAAUGUCCUCCAUAACCACGCAUGCGGAUGCUCACAAUGCUGGAAGCCAAAGGGUGCGCUCUUCUCCGUCAUCGCCGUCGUGCCAAUCGACAACGUCAAAGUCACCGCUCACGGCGAGAAGCUCACCGUUCUCGACCCAAGCGCCACCAUCCAGCGUAACGCCUGCAAGUCCUGCGGCGUCCACCUGUUCGGUCGCAUUGAGAAGGACCAUGCGUUCAAGGGCCUGGACUUCGUCCACGUCGAGUUGUCGGAUGAGAAGGGAUGGCAGGAACCUCAGUUCGCGGCGUUUGUUUCGUCGAUUAUCGAGCAGGGCUUCAACCCUGCUGGUAUUGAUGAGGUCCGCAGCAAGUUCAAGUCUGUCGGUUUGGAAUCGUAUGAUGUUUUGUCGCCGCCGCUUAUGGAUCUGCUUUCCACUUUCACCGGGAAGAAGGCAGGGAAGCUAUGA